CCAAAUAAAGUGGUCCUCGUGUGAAAGUGGAACCUCCGGUAACGGGUCUGACCCUUUAGCCGAGCGGUCGACCAAGUACCAAAUGGCCUCAGCUCCACCACAUAACUUCUCCUGGGUUGACCCAGGCAAGCUGGCCGGACUGGCGCUUCCCAGAAUGGCUGCUCACUACAAGUAUCUGCUGGACAACAACAUCAAACAUCUGGUCUGCCUGUGUGAGAGGAAACCCCCGUAUCAUGACACGUGCCCCGACUUAACACUACAUCACAUCAAGAUAGCUGAUUUCACUCCUCCGUCACCACAUCAAAUCGAGAGAUUCCUUGGCAUCGUGGAAGAGGCAAACUCCAAAGACGAGGGCGUAGCGGUUCACUGCAUGCACGGCCAUGGGAGGACAGGGACCAUGCUGGCCUGUUACUUGGUGAAGACCAGAAAGAUCUCCGGGGUGGAGGCCAUCAACGAGAUCCGGAGGCUACGUCACGGUUCAAUCGAGACUGACGAACAAGAGAAAGCUGUUGUGCAGUUUUAUCAGCGUAGCAAAUAAGGACAUGUUCACGAGAAAGGGGUGGCGCUGAGGCGGCGCUGUUCGCCGUGUAGCUCCUACUCUGUUAGGUAACAUCCAUCUUUCGAAAAUGUGUGGUAAGUGACAAAAUAUUAGCUCCAAGUGCCUCACUGAGACGAUAUAUGUAACGGUGAGAUCUCUCUUUUAUUGGUGUCCACUUGCCAAAAAUUGACAAAAAAAAAAACAGGAAGUAGGACAAUAAAACAUUAAAAGUGUCUCACAAAAGAAUGAAAACAUUUGACUAUUUGUGUCCUUGGGCAGUUUGACAAAAGAAACAACGGUACAGCUCUAAAGUUAAUACUCCUAAUACAGCUACCAUAGAACAUGCUACGUGGGGUUGAUGCGGCUCAAUAAUCCAGGUCAGGAAAUCACAGGAAGUUGAAUCAGUUCAUCUGGACAAUUUUUGUUUUCUCCUGUUUUCUCCCCAAUUGUACUUGGCC